AUGGGAGAAACAGAAGGGAAGAAAGAUGAGGCUGAUUAUAAGCGACUGCAGACCUUCCCUCUGGUCAGGCAUUCGGACAUGCCAGAGGAGAUGCGAGUAGAGACCAUGGAGCUAUGUGUCACGGCCUGUGAGAAAUUCUCCAACAACAAUGAGAGCGCUGCCAAGAUGAUCAAAGAGACGAUGGACAAGAAGUUCGGCUCCUCCUGGCACGUGGUCAUCGGCGAGGGCUUUGGGUUUGAGAUCACACACGAGGUGAAGAACCUCCUGUACCUGUACUUCGGGGGGACCCUGGCUGUGUGUGUCUGGAAGUGCUCCUGA